ACAUGAUAAGGGCUUUGGAAAUAAAUGGAUGGACAAGACUUCAGUGCUUUGGUCACAGACUCCAUCUUGCUAUCGAAAAUGCACUGAAAGAUGACAGGGUUCAGCGAGCAGUAGGCGUUUGCAAGAAGCUGGUCAGUCAAUUCUCCUACAGCUGGAAAAAAAGAAUGGCAUUGGCUGCAGCCCAAAAAGAGUUGAAUCUACCUGAGCACUCAUUGAUUACGGAGUGCCCAACGAGAUGGGGGACAAAAGAAAAAAUGAUUGCAGGGGUUCUGGAGCAGUGUAAAGCUUUGAAUCAUGUGCUGUCUGCAGACAAGAAAACAAGGCAUCUUACACUGACAUGGCAAGACAUAGAGGUGUUAGAAUCCAUCCACAAAGCUCUGCAUCCACUUCAGGAGUUUACAGAUGUGCUUUCUGGAGAGGAAUAUGUUAGUGUCUCCUAUCUUAAGCCUGUCCUUCACCUUUUGAGGACAAAGACUCUCGCUGAAGAUCAGGAUGACACUGAUCUCACAAGGGCAAUCAAAGACAGAGUCCUUCAAUACCUCAAGGAAAAAUAUGAUGACUCAGCCACUCAAGAACUUCUGGAUGUUACAUCAUUCUUAGAUCCUCUCUUUAAAAUGAACUAUAUCAGUCAAGAUAACAUACCAGCCAUAAAAGAAAGAAUGAUGACAGAAAUGGAAGCUGCUGCAAGAAAGGUAAGAAAAUGACACUUUUAUGAAUAAAUUUGUUGAGCAAUAAUUUCUGUUUUGAAAAUGUUAAAACCUAAGUAACUUGCUCAUCCUGUUUUUGAAUGUUACAGGAGAAAAGAUCACGUCUCACAGAGUCACAUGACUUAGCAGCAUCCUCAUCUG